AUGUACACCGAAGAAUCGGAAUAUGAUAAAGAGACGAUUACCUCAAAUGAGUUAUUCAAAUUAGCUAGGGGGUUCAAAAAGCCAAAAGUAUAUAACCCCAAAACGAAUCGUAUGAUUGCAAUCGAUGGGCCAGCAUAUAAUGUCUUGAUACGCGAUG